AGGGUGUCGCGAGAUGUCAAGUGCAAGAAACCGCCCCGUGAUGCCUUGCGGCCUUCUCUUUGCAGACGGCGCGUCCGGAGAAGGAUGGGUAUCUCCAGGGACAACUGGCACAAGCGCCGGAAGACUGGGGGAAAGAGAAAACCCUACCAUAAGAAGAGGAAGUAUGAGUUGGGGCGACCCCCUGCCAAUACCAAAAUUGGCCCCAGGAGAAUUCACACGGUAAGGGUACGUGGUGGGAAUAAGAAAUACCGCGCUCUACGCCUGGAUGUUGGAAACUUCUCUUGGGGGUCUGAAUGCUGUACCCGCAAAACUAGAAUCAUUGAUGUGGUGUACAAUGCAUCCAACAAUGAGCUGGUGCGUACAAAGACCCUGGUGAAAAACUGCAUUGUGCUGAUAGAUAGCACGCCGUACAGACAGUGGUAUGAAGCCCACUACGCCUUGCCCCUUGGUCGCAAAAAGGGCGCCAAACUGACUCCUGAGGAGGAAGAAAUCUUAAACAAAAAGCGGUCAAAGAAAAUUCAGAAGAAGUAUGAUGAGCGGAAAAAAAAUGCAAAGAUCAGUAGCCUUCUGGAGGAGCAAUUCCAGCAGGGAAAGUUACUUGCUUGCAUUGCCUCCAGACCUGGACAGUGUGGCCGAGCAGAUGGCUACAUUCUGGAAGGCAAAGAAUUAGAAUUCUACCUGAGGAAGAUCAAGGCCAGGAAAGGCAAAUGAACACUCACUGUACCUAAAAAGGCUUAAUAAAUAAUCCCAGAUCCUUGUCUUAAA